UCAAAAUCCAGUAAACAAAACAGCCAACACUACAACAGUUAAAGAGUUAACCAGUAUUGAAAGUGCCUAUAAUGAAUACUAACGUGAUUUCAAGGUUAUGUUUAAAACUUUUUAGUAUUUCAUGUGAAUCAUCUAGAUCUUAUGUUUCAUCACAGUUUGCAAAUUUUAAUCAAUUAAAAUCUCUUACUCCUAAAGAAUCUCCGAGUGAAGCAUAUCUACGAACAAAACGAAAGUGCGAAUCGAAGAAACUUCCUUUAGAUGUUAACGUCAAGGGUGUCUUUGCCUGCAAUGAGUUGGAUCUUGAUGAAGUCAAUGUGUAUGGAUUUGAUUAUGACUAUACCUUGGCAAUGUACAAACCAACAAUGGAUUACUUAUUGUAUAAUCUUGGACGAGAAAAACUUAUUGAAAAAUACAAGUAUCCCCGUGACAUCGCUGAAUUGGAAUACAAACCGGGCUUUGCAGUACGUGGCCUUCAUUACGAUAUUGAGAAAGGCCUGCUGAUGAAGAUUGACUCGUUCCUGCAGAUCCAGCUGGGAACGGUCUACCGGGGCUUAUCCCCCGUCUCAGACCAGCAAGUGCUCCAUCUUUACAAAAACAAAAUUAUACCUUUGGCUCUGGUUGAGACCCAUGGCAGAAAUUCUCAAAAACAAAUGUGCUUCGUGCCUCAAAAGUACUUCACAUCAAAGAUGGUGCAGCUGGCCGAUCUAUUCUCAGUCCCAGAAAUGAGUCUUCUUUGCAAUGUGGCCGAAUUUUUCGAGCAGAAACACAUCGAUUAUCAUCCUGAGAUUCUCUUCAGAGAUGUCAAGAACUCAGUUAGUGCCAGCCAUCUUGUAAUGCACAAAAAACUCCAAGAGAACAUUCCUCAUUACUUGGAGAAGAAUCCGGACAUGAGGUUGUACUUUGAACGUCUGGUGAAAGCUAACAAAAAGCUUUUCCUAGUCACCAACAGUCCUCAUAACUUCGUGAAUAAAGGCAUGCAGUGGAUGGUUGGGCCAGAUUGGGAGUCGUUCUUUGACGUCAUCAUAGUGCAGGCUCGCAAGCCGAUGUUCUUCACCGACGAAUCGCGUCCGAUACGACUUUACGACAAACACAGCGAAACUCAACUGUGGGACAGAGUCACCGCACUCGAAAAAGGAAACAUAUACUUUGAGGGUACCGUAGCCCAGCUGCAAGACAUGACGGGUUGGCGAGGAAGUGAAGUGCUCUACUUUGGCGAUCAUCCCUACAGUGACUUGGCCGAUGUCACCUUGGAACAUGGUUGGAGAACUGGGGCUAUAAUCAGCGAGCUAACUCAUGAAAUUGAAACUCUGAACAACGUUGAAUUCAAGAAGAAUGUGAACUGGCUGCAGAUGUUGACUCAGCUGAUUGAAGACUGGCAGGACCAUGAAGACGCCGCCACAAUUGCUGCUGUCAAUGAAUGGAUCAAGGAGCGUGAUCAGCUUAGGCAAGACAUCAAAUGCGUUUUCAACGAGCAAUUUGGCAGCGUGUUCCGCACUUAUCACAAUCCGACCUAUUUCUCAAGACGUCUGUUCAGGUUUGCUGAUAUCUAUACAUCUAGUGUUACCAACCUUCUCCAAUUCUCUGUGCAUCACACUUUCUAUCCCAGGCGCGGUGUCAUGCCACACGAGUAUACCUCUCUUUUCGUUUGAACUAAGUUAUCAAUCUAUCAAUUAUCUGUUAAACUCCCAACUCUAUCUAAUCUAUCAACUUUCGUUCACCCUAUCCUAUUAUUAGCAAACACUUUUUGAAUAAUUUACUGUGUAAUAUGUUCACUCUUCUGUAUUGCAUACUCAAACAUAUAUCAUCUGUUCAAUUCCAACUAUAACCCAAUAUCUUAAUCUUCAAGUUAAUCACCUCAUGUCCAUUUAUGAUAAUUUUAUAAUUUAUCAACAAUGGAUUGUUAGGCCGGUUGCAGACGAACCACUAUCGCAUGUGGGAUGUGGGAGCUACUAUUUUCCUCCUGUGGUACCACAAACGCAGCGCACAUGGAAUGCAUUGGCAGGCAUGGCAGUGGCACUGAUACUUCCACUCUCUGCGUUAGUCGCAUUGUUCUGUGGUAUGUCGGUCCCACAUCCCACAUGCGAUUGUGGUUCUUCUGCAACCGGCCUUAUUAUAUAAUUGAAGUAGCCUAUCUGUAUUUCGUAAUUCUUCUUAUAUGAUUAUAAUAUGAGCUCUGAUGUUCCCAAGUAUAAUAAUUAGUUAUUUGUGUAACUCAAAUUUAUCAUUCAAUAUUGUCAUUUAUGUCAAUUGACCAAUUUAUAAUUCAUUGUGUCAAUUAUCACUCAGUUAUUCUUUUUAAUUAAGUUAACCUACAGUUUACUAUAUCAUUGGCAAUUUUUUUAUAAUGUGUUAGCUGACAUGUCUGCUCGUAUCCCAUACCCAUACUUUUAUUAUUUCUUGAACUCAAACUUUAUUUUAUCAAUUUAUGUUCAUUCUCACUCGAUAUAUUUUUCCAUUUUCAUGAUUAGCCUACCAUUAAUUCAUUUUAGGACUGUUACCAUGUUACGCUACUUGAUGUAGUAGUCUAAUAUCGAUUUGAAUCACGCUUUAUUAUGCUAAUUAUAAAUACAUACGUUUCAUUUUAUUUUGUAUUCAUCAUCUAUCAUUAGUUAAUUGUAGCAUAGUUUACCAAGUCAAACUUCUUCGCGUCAUUAAUAUGUUAGCUUUCAUGUCCCUGAAUCUUCUAAACCUCAACUAUAAUCGAUCAUGCUUAUUAACACAUGACCAUAAUAUUUGCUACUCUCAUGACCAUCAGCUCAUUCAAGUAUUGCGAUUAUAUCACUGACGAUAUUUGUGUCAAGCGUCUUUAUGUGAUAAUACGAGUUUAUUAGCUUUAUUAUUCCUAUACUUUAAUUGUUUGUCCCUUAUCUAUAUCAUCCUUUGUAAAAUUGAUUUGUUCAUGCCAAAUCAUCAGAAUUAAUCAUAUUAAGAGUAAAAUAGGAUAUUUUAAUUUACCAAUAGAAACAAUGUUACCUGAAGACCCGGUUCCAUGCUGAAAGUACCGGCAUCAAAGAUCUCUCACUCUCCAUUUCUAAAUCAUUGUCUCGUUGAUUGAAUUGUUUUAAUUGGUGAUAAGCAUCUCAGUUCAUUCUUUCCUAGAAAUCCAAGUAUUAAUCAAGUAAUUAUUUAAUAAUGCUCUGGUAAUUAUUAGUUAUAAUCAGGUAAAGUUCCUAAUUGAAAAUUUAUAUAAAUUUGCCCAACAGGUUUGUUGAAAUAUUUUAACUUGAGAAUGAUUCUUGCCAUAGCAUUGCUAUAACGCUGUCAUUGUAACGAUUUGCUCCAAACCAGAAUUUCAUUAAUUUUUAUCUGGCCUGGAAUCAAUAAAAAUCUAUCUCAAUCACAGCAUACAUUUGCUAAGUGAUUCCUUGUAGGCAAGCAAAGCAAAGUAAAUGUAAAUUAUGCAGAUAAUGCUUGACAGACAUGGUAUUAUUUUCCAAACUUCAUUCGCUGUAUUAUCAAAUGAGUGGCAUACUAACUCAUCUUCAACAAUACAACUUUUACCAAAUACUUCCUCAAAAUUAAAUUCCUCGAUUAAAGAUUUUCUCGCUUGUGUGAGAAAUAGUAUUUGAUAUAUAAAUUGGCCUAGAGUCAUAGGUUGUUGUUUUUUAUAUACAAUGGAAAGUAAUUUUAUUUUAAAUUACAAGCUUAUACUACACAUUUGCAUGCUCGGUAUUAGUUUCAUGUUAUGUGUUUAUGCAGGCUUCUGAAUCAUUUUAGAAGUGAAAAUAAUUCAUUUCUGUCGUUGAUAGAUUCAUUUUAUCUAGGUUUUAUAUUGUUUAUUUAUUUUUUGUUGUUUUUAUAAAUAUUUUCAUGGAGAGGUCCACCCUGUGAAGUGUUAUCUGUGACAAAAGUGUUAUCUGUCUUGGAGCAUUCAUAUGCUUUCUUCUUAGCUCUGAACAUAAGUAUAUAUUACUCCGAGAUUAGAUUAAAUGUGUUUAAACAUCUCAGUACUUCCUUGGUAAAUUAUCAAUUAUCUAAUAUUCAUUGUUCGUUCUCUACUUGCAACUGCCAAUAAUAAUCAAUCAUAUUUUAUUAUUUAUAUAAAGUAAUAUAUUAAUAAGUAUUAUCUCCGAUUCUCCGAUGUCGGAUAAAAAUAAAUAAUUUACACUAGUCUUUUGAAGACAAUAAUCAAAACAUGAAGAAAGUAAGUAUUGUUUGUAUAAUAUGUUACAUCAAAAUUAAAAAGUCUAAAGCUUUGUUUAAUAAAAUUGGCAUUAUCAUUUUCAAUCCCAGAAAAGGCAAAUAAUUAGGGAUUUUAUGCCAAAUAGAUGUUUUAAAUUUAAUUUGUAAUCAAUUGAGUUGUUGAGUAUAAAUUUUGGGAUACUUUGCUUACAGCCCCGAAUUUUUUCCAUUUCGAGAGCUUAACCUCGCUGCAUAGUUGUUACCGUUUAUUCAAGGUAUUCACCGAUUGUUCAAUUCUCAUCCAUAUGAAAAUUAAACUUCCACUGAAUAUGUUUUAUUGUGUUGUUUUUAUGUAAGUGUAAAGUCAUUGUGGGAGCCUGAACAGUCUUAAACUGUCUCCAACAAUCUAUUCGAAUAGCUAUUGCAGAUUCAUUAAAUUCUAGUUGAAAUUAUGUACCUACUGAUUUAUUCACAAAGCUCUGUCGACUUGCAUGUAAUCUUGAUUAUAACGUUGAAAUCAAAAUUAUCUAUUGUAGCCUAUGUAACAAUACUAUUUAUGUUGUAUUGAGCUACUUCUCAUUGCAGCUACAUUAUAAUGAUCGAGAAAAAUUAUCGCUGUAGAUUUUCCAAUUUCAAUCAAUUGUUGCUACCAUUUUCCCUUCCAAGUGCCUUAAGUAUUAUUGAACGACAAAAUAAGUUAUUGAAGAACUUGCUACUUCUAUUUAAAAUUUUAUUUGCUAAGUUUAUUUCUUGACUUAUUUUAUUAUCAUUGAUCGAAAAAUGUUUACAUUCAAGUAAUUAUUUAUCUUCGUACAUGUAUCUUCUUCGUAUAGAUAGAAAUUUAGGAUCUCAAAUAUCUGGAAACUAUAACAAUAUGUAAGAGCUUGUCAAAUCUUCAAUAUUAUACUUUGCUGAACUUGUGUUGUAUACACAGUUUAAUAAAAAGAAAUUAUAUUAUAGAUAUAUUUGUUACUUGUGCCAUAAUGGAAAUAAAUGUUUAUUUUUCGACA